CAGGCUACAUGAUGUCUUGCUUGGGCGAACGAACAAACAUAUUCCUCCUUUCUUUGACAAUAGCUCCACGAUUGAUGUAAAUGUAACGUUUGAGCCGAUAUCCAUCACUGAUCUGGAUUCGGCAAGCCAGGUCCUGUCUGUACUCGCCUUCUAUGAACUUGAGUGGCGUGAUAUGAACUUAACAUGGAAUACAUCCGAGUACUAUGACAAUACCUUCAUUGAAGUCGAACCUGACAGUGUGUGGACCCCCAAUGUAUUUUUGGCGAACGGCAUUGAUAGUCCGGUGCCAGUCGCCAGGCAAAAUAUUCUUGUAACAUGGCAAGGUUUUGUGACGUGGCAACUCCCAGGUACUUUCCGCACAUCGUGUAAAAUAGACGUGUUAAAAUACCCUUUCGAUAACCAAACGUGCAGCGUCAACUUCAUGCCGACAUUCGGAUACAAAAUAAAUCUAAAAAUAAAAAGAGCAAAUUUACAAAGUUAUAGUGACAUUACCAUUCAGAAUGGGGAGUGGAAUUAUCUACAGAUGAAUUGCUAUCAUGUGUCGAUACAGGGAACAGGCGUGAAGUCAACCGUGUUUACAAUAACAUUAGAAAGAAAGUCGACCUACUACAUCAUCAACAUCAUCUUUCCUAUGGCGCUGAUGUCCAUCCUGAACCCCUGUGUGUUCCUAAUCCCCGCCCGAUCGGGGGAGAAGCUUGGCUUCCUGAUGGCUGUGUUUGUUUCCCACGCUGUUUUCCUCAACCUCAUUCAACAGACCAUGCCCCCCACCUCCGACUCCUUGUCCUUGCUGGCCCUGUUCCUGGUUCUACUGGAGACGCAGGGCUUCCUCACCAUCCUCGCGUCCAUCGUUGUCCUCGGCGUACAUCACCGGAAGGAGCAGGCUGAUGAAAAGGCAGCAAAGGCGAAGAAAGGAGAAGAACACGUCAACACGAAUGGGACUGAUUUGGUUGAAGUGAGACAUGGAAGGCGAUUCUUGGGGAGAUACAGGUGUUGCUCACUUGAGAGAGCUUUGGAUGGAGUGUUCUUUGUAUUGUCGUUGGCAAUAUCUGUUUGUGGUUGUGUUACAUGGUUGAUUGUGCUAUAUGGUUGAUUGUGAGUGAGAGAGGAACGGGGCGAGGUGGAGGUGCUUUCCUUGGUAUGAUUGCACAGGAGCUAGUUGUAGACAAGCAAGACCCCAUUACACACAACAGCCAAAGCUAUUAACCUUAGCCACUGAGGUUAGAAUUAAGGUUACCUUCGUCUGAAGUAUUGCCUAUGACAUCUUGCGCUGAAGCCAUUACUUGUAUGCUGUCGGAGGCACGACAGUAUAGGUUUUCUUUGCCUAUUUCUAACGCAGUUUAAGAGUGCCGAUUAACAUCAGAUGUUUCGUUUGAUUGUUUGUUGUUUAACGCCCCACUCAGCAAUAUUCAACCUAUAUGACGGCGGUCUGUAAAUAAUCUCAUCCUACUUAUACUUCCUUACACCCUUAGCGGAUGCCGUUUCCAUCGAGGACAAAAGUGCCACCCUCCAAGACGAGGUACAUAAGUGUCUCUUCACAGAAAGUUUUAAAAAUCGCAAUGUAGUUUUAUUCUAAGGUUUCACUCAAAUUAUUGUUUUUCAUGCAACCUGUCAUAAGGUGGCUAGCUUUUUCAGGACGCAUGCCUCUGAAAUUAUGCGCAGAUUAAAAUUGUCUACUCGGAUAUUUCAUAAUUGAAACUGAAAUUGCCCCGUCCCCGUUGUACAAUGAACGUCACUAAAUAUAUAUAUUCACAAUGUACUAAAGAUAUAGACGCAAUCUCAUCCUACUUAUACUUCCUUCCACCCUUCAGUUGUUAAUUCUAAUCAGACAUUAGAAGUACAUUCACUGUCAUGAAUACAAGUUAAAUCUUCAACCUAUUUUAAGAAUUUGCGGAUGCCGUUUCCAUCGAAGACAAAAGUACCACCCUUCAAGACGAGGUACAUAAGUGUCUCUUCACAGGAAGUUUUAAAAAUGCAAUGCACAUGCCUCUGAAAUUAUGUGCAGAUUGAAAUAGCGUACUCGGAUAUUUUUAUAAUUGAAACUGAAAUUGCCCCGUCCUUUAAUAACAUUGUAGAUUAAACAACCCACAUACUCAUAUGAUAGAAGGUAUACUUUUUCUGACUAAUAACAAUAAACAAAUGAAGUAAUAUAAUAUUAUGUAUUCUUUAACUUAUACUCCAUACAUAUGUUUUUUAAACUACUACUUGGAGCUGAUUACCCAUGUCACAUACGUGGUGACAGACGCUUUUAUUGUCUUGAGUGUGUAUUAAUUGUUCAAGUCAAUUUCUUUGCAAGCUUAUUGUUCAGCAA